AUGAUCAAGCACACCAUCAUCACCUGGAACGUAAGAAGGGGCAUGGGGGUCCCGGAAAAACGAUGUAAUAUCUACACCUACCUUUCCACAUUCAAAGCUUCCGCAAUUCUCUUACAAGAGCAUUUCAUCAGACCACAAUUCUGGCAGCUCAUCAAGGACGAGUACGAGGGCAAGCUCUUCAUCAACCAGCACUGCCUGACCCUGAUCCCGGCCGACUCGCCCCUGAUCGACGCCGAGCUCUUGCGCACCCACUCGGCACUCGACGGCCGGCUCCUCGUCACCUCCUUUCGUCUGCGGGGCGACAUCAAAAUUCUAGAAAUCAAUAACCUCUACGCGCCCGUUGACCCAAAACAACGAGCAAAAUUCUUCGACAAACUGAUCCUCCACAAAACACAGAAAUCCCACCUCCGACUCCUUGGCGGCGAUCUCAACGACUGCCCGCGCCCAGAAGUUGAUCGGCGGAACCAAAGUCGGCGCGGCCACCACUGGCCGAUUCUGAUGGGCAAGCUCGACUCGGCCUACACGGACUGCAUCCGCUACAAGCACCCCAUCACCCCAUCUUUCACUCGACCUAAUCCCAAUCGCAAGCGACCCAACUCCUUCUCCCGGCUUGACUACUUUCUCCUACAAAGAGCUCACCAAAAAAGGCUCGACCAGGCCUCGACGAUCUACGACUAUCCCAAGGAUCUUUCCGAUCACCGACCGGUCUUGAUCGUACUAGCUCUCUCAGACGAUCUUGAUGCGGCUCUCCCACAGCUCAGCCUACCUACCACAUCCGACCAACUACAUCGAAUCAAUACCACAACCUUCAAGACGGUGGAAUUUCAGCGGAUGAUGGAAGGAUGGUUGGAAGGGGCAAGCGGGGAGGAUCUGGUGCGAGAGCUUGAGGAGGUUCUGGAGGCGUGCAGGGACAGGGUGGGGAGAUGGCGAGGAGGCUGCAUCGGGAGCGGACGGAAACGGAUGGAGUAUUUGGUGGGGAGGGUGCAGGAUCUGGAGGCGUUACCGGUAUGGGGGGAGGCGGAAACGGCAGAAUGGACAAGGACGUCCGAGGAACUCAAGCGGGCGGUCGAGGAGCGCGCGCGCCUACUCCGGAUCCGAGCCCACGUCCCGAGAUCGCUUCCGAGGAACGACUGUCGCGGCCGGUCCACGCCAAGCUCGCGGCGCGGAACUCGGACUCCAAGAUCACAGCACUGCGCUUGGGUAACGGAGAGCUAACGCAUGACAUUGAUGUCGCUCUUGACCACACGCAGGCGCAUUUCCAGCGCCUCUACCACAUCGAGCCUCGUGAUCCGGAACGCGUCGACCGACUUCGGGACGAACUCCUCGUGCCGAUCAGGGCGGCACGGACUUGCGACGACCCGCGCUCAGAUCCGCUCUUUCUGCGCCGACUCUCGGAAGCGCAGAUUGAUCUCCUCCAGCAACCCAUCACCGAGGACGAGGUCGUGGCCGCGAUCGGGACGACGCACCCGGGGCGAUCGCCGGGCCCGUCGGGCGUGCCUUACGAACUCUAUCAGACCGCACCGGAGGCGUGGUCCAAGGUGCUGACCAAGGCCUACAACGCGAUGAUCGAGCGCGGUUCACUCUCUCCCAAGCAGGGCCAGGGACUCGUGCGCCUCAUCUUCAAGCGCCACAAGAAGAAUGCCGAUCGCGCCGAACUCUCGUCGUAUCGCCCCAUCACCCUGCGCGAGUGCGAUUACAAGAUUUUUACCAAGGUCUACGUCGCCCGAUUGAACCAAAUUCUGCCCGAUCUCCUCCCGCCGCAGCAGCACGGCUCGUCAAGGACCGCCGAUCGGCCGACGCUGCACUACACCUUUGUCUCCUGAUCGAGGAACUUGGCGCGCGCAGGACCGAGUUCCCCGCGGCCGCGCUCUUUGUUGAAUUUCAUUCUACUACAAGCGUUCGAACACUUCAACCUUGGGCCGCCGUUGUCAGGUCCGCCCAUUUUCGCCUCGGCGCCUUUGCCUUCGCAGCCAAGCCGCCGCCCAUUUCACCUCGGCGCCUUCGCCUUCGCAGCCAAGCCGUCGCCCUCCUGCCUCGCGCCGGCCUGCUCAACUCACGCCCGCGCGCCGCCGCCUCCACGCCGGGACUCUGGCCGUCUGCCCUCCAGUCUUGCUGAGCCAAUGCCUCCACUUAGUCACCAGCAGCUUGCCGCCGCCGUCCUCAUGUUCCAUCGGCCAUCAGAGUAUCGCCCAUGCAUGACGCCGCCGUUCGCAACCUGAGUCUCGUCGCUAUGGACUCCCUCGCUCACCAACACUCGACAUCGUAGAUAGGUUUCCCCUCGUGGCCGUUGUCCAACACGACCCUCUCAGCACCCGAAUGACCCACUUGAGUUUGCCCUUGAUGCUUAGCAGCGCAUCCGCCCGAUUUGCAGUAGAUCCUUUGCGCGCCCGCUUGCUAGAACCUUGUCAGACUCGCGCUCCUUGUGCUUCCCUUCCUCUUCUCUACCGCUUCCCGACAUUAGCCAGACUGCUAAUCUUCGGUAGAGAACAGGUUAGUUGAAAUCGUCCAGCCGCACCGCCGUCUCGUCAGACCGCGUCUGUGCCGCCUUGCGACUUCUCCCAAUCGGACCGUCCGUCGCAACCGUAGCCACGUCGACGCGCCCAACAGUAGCCCCAGCGGUCGCUACACCCAGUUCCGAAAAGUUCCACGACCUACACUCUAUACUCUUGUCUCUUGACCAAUCAUCCGCCUACGACCUCGUCGAGCAUGACUGGAUCUUUGCCAUCUUCGACGCUCUGGCGCUCCUACCACCUUUCUUCGCGUGCUGA